AAUAAUUGGCGGGAAAACGAACUGUGAGGGACGUGAUGCUUUUAACGGCGACGCGACGUUUCGCCCUGAACAGAUUUGAUAGAUGGACUUAUUUCAAGCAGUGCAGUGCGUAUUACUCCCUAGGCUCAAAUGAUUCAUCGGAAGAUAAGUCUCAACAGUCUUGGUGGAGUGGGAAAAAUGCAUGGAAAAUAGGUUGUUUUACUUUGGGAUGUUCCAGUUUGUUUGCGGUUGGGUUUGCCGUGGCUACUUGGGGUCCUCCGAAAAAGGAUGAUAACGGAGUUGAAGUAAGUGGGUAAUUCCUAAACAUUCCGAUUAGAUUGAAGACAAUUUUAGUCGAAAACCAAUUAUCUGGGGAUACCUUUGUCGGACUUUCAGUUCUCUGCUUGAAUUCAACCAAAGCAUAAAGGAUCCUGUUAGUGAAAAACUCCUUCCAGAUCCAGUACAACCUCCAUAUUACCAACCACCAUAUACUCUUGUUCUGGAGAUGACAGACGUGCUUGUUCAUCCUGAUUGGAAGUUUCGCUCAGGUUGGCGCUUUAAGAAAAGAGCAGCGUUAGAUUUGUUUUUGCAACAGCUAUCUCCUCACUAUGAGGUUGUUGUCUAUACAAACGAAUCAGUAAUGAUUGGAGGUCCUGUCUUGGCUCAGAUGGAUCCUCAAGGACAGUUUAUUCACUUUCGACUGUUUCGCGAAGCAACCCGCUAUAAAGGAGGAAAACACAUCAAGGAUCUGUCAUGUCUUAAUAGAGAUCUCUCUCGUGUGGUGUUCGUUGACUGGGAUCCUGCUGCAGCUCAGUUGCAACCACGCAAUUCACUGAUUAUAAAACGUUGGGAUGGCGAUGAGUCAGACAGAGAAUUGAUAGACUUAGCUGCCUUCCUAAGAAGAAUGGUGCCCUUGCUUUGCCAAUCCAUGCCUUCACCUCUGCAUUAGACCCCCCUUGUUUUUCAAUGGUACUACCCAGUGAUUGCAAUGGGGAGUGUAGAUGAUGUUCGCCUUGUGCUAGAUUACUACAGAGAGUUCGAUGAUCCUCUAGCCUUCUUCCGUGAAAAGCAUGAAGAACUUAUGGAAAUUCAAGCCAAACGUAAACAGGAAACAGAAAAAGCUUUAUCGAAACGCAUUCGACCAACAUUUUCAUUUACUGGUAUGGCUAGAUCCUGAUAUCAUUGAUUUUACCAGCAAUAACAUCUCAGAACGUUGUACAGGAAUAAUCCUCAAGGGGAUUUUGAAAUCCUCUUGUUUUUAUAUAAAUAUAAUCUUAUGUGCUUAAA